GAGUUGAUCUACAUUGCAGAAAUGAACAGAUAAGCGAGUUCAACUCGCUGUUGGAAGUUCAGAAUAGCUUAUAGCGUUAAUUUUUCAGCUUUGUAUUUGCAAGGAUCUAUUCUUUAACGUUACAUCUUCUUCACGUUCGCACGUUAUAAUAAUUUUGUAUAGUUUUCUCAAAAUUGCGGUCGUUCAUGCGACCUACGCGCGUCCGCAUCAUGCGCAAUCAUCUCGUCGAAUUUAAGGCGGUUCACAAGCAACUUUACGCGAACAGCUGAAUAAAGACGAAUCCAAUUUGAUAUUAAUUGCAAAUUAAGAUAUAUUGAACAACGUAACGUUUAUCAAUUAACGACUCUUGAUGACCAUGGUAUACAUCCACUUUGAGAUAACUUAAGUUAUUAAUUGUCGGCGCAUUAAACUCGAGAUUUUUCAGAUUACUUCAAUAUAUGAUAACGCAAUUGUUCUACGGUCUAAUAAAAUACAAAACUUGAAAUAAAAGAAAAACUAAAUGUUUCCAAACAUAUUCCCGUCGUAUUUUUCUCCUUAGAUACAAUCGCAAUCAUUUAUUUGACUUCACGCGAGACGCGAGUCGUUUAGUCAUGGUCGAUUUAAACAAUGUCUGACGAUCAAUUUAACUGCUUGGAUAUUGAUUAAUAAACCUAGUUUGACAUGAUUCUCCUUCGGUUACAUCACAGAUGUAUCAUCAUAUUUCAGAAGGAGACAACGGAUCGCUCAUCGCUAUUAGCGUCAGUCGUACUUUCGAGUUUCGAGUUUCGAGGCGUCGGUGCUAACUCGGGCCAGGUUAGCGAGCACGUGUUGAAGUCGCAUGACGAUCGCGGUCGUGACGAGGCGACCACGCGUUCGCUCAAAUGAACAAAAAUGAAUCGAUGAGCAGAUACGGGCCUCUCGUCGGCGCGAUCGACGAGGGGACGAGCAGCGCGAGAUUCCUGGUUUUUGCAGCAGACACAGCUGAGGUCUUGACGUAUCAUCAGGUCUCGAUAUCGCAGACAUGUCCAAAAGAGGGAUGGGUUGAACAGGACGCUUUAGAAAUAUUGAGGGCAGUCAGGGAAUGCCUCAAGCAAACUGUAUUUAACUUGAAGCAGUUGACGAUAGAUCCAGCUGACAUAGUUGCGAUUGGUAUAACGAAUCAGAGGGAAACUACAGUUGUGUGGGAUUCUGUAACGGGAGAACCACUUUACAAUGCCAUAGUAUGGAUGGAUAUGAGAGCUGCAUCGAUUGUGGAUGAUAUAUUGAAGGAUAUACACAAUAAAAAUAAGAAUUAUUUGAAGCCGCUCUGCGGCUUGCCAAUUAGUCCAUACUUUAGUGCGUUGAAAUUGAAAUGGUUGUUGGAGAAUGUACCUCAGGUUCAAGAAGCGUUAACUGCCAAACGUCUCAUGUUUGGCACCAUCGAUUCCUGGCUAAUUUGGAAUCUGACUGGUGGUGCCAACGGUGGUGUUCACAGUACAGAUGUCACGAAUGCUUCGAGAACGAUGUUAAUGAAUAUCGCGACGUUGAAGUGGGAUCCUACUCUAUUGUCAUUUUUUAAGAUACCUCCUGAAAUUUUACCUCAAAUACGGAGCUCCUCUGAGAUUUAUGGCUAUAUACAAGAUGAAUUGUUGCAGGGCGUUCCUAUAUCAGGGUGUUUAGGUGAUCAACAAUCAGCUUUAGUAGGUCAGAUGUGUCUACAGCAAGGACAGGCGAAAAGUACUUAUGGCACUGGUUGCUUUCUCCUUUAUAAUACUGGCACAGCUAUUGUUGAUUCGUCUCAUGGUUUAUUAACGACAGUUGCUUAUCAAUUAGGAGCGCACGCUUCUCCAGUGUACGCUCUUGAGGGUUCUGUAGCUAUCGCAGGUGCCGUUGUACAAUGGUUGAAAGAUAAUCUUGGAAUACUAACUAAUAUAAAAAACUGUGAAACUAUUGUCGAACAAAUAUCCGCGGACAAUCGUAUUGUUUUUGUACCAGCGUUUGCUGGACUGUAUGCUCCAUACUGGAGAAAAGAUGCGCGAAGUGUCAUAUGUGGUAUUAGUGAAGAUACUACUAACGCACAUAUUGUAAAAGCAGCUCUGCAAGCGGUAUGUUUUCAGACGAGAGACAUUUUGGAAGCUAUGAAGGAGGAUACUGGUUUGGUGCUGUCAAAACUGUUGGUUGACGGUGCAAUGAUCAAUAAUGAUUUGUUGAUGCAAAUGCAAGCUGAUAUCUGUGGUAUUCCAGUAGACCAUUAAUGUGUGAAACUACUGCACUUGGAGUUGCAAUUGCUGCGGGUAGCGCGGAAGGAAUACGGAAAUGGGAUGUGAAGAUUGACGCUGC